UAUUUCUGUAAGUGCGGUGUUGUGGUUAUGUUUAAUUUAAAAUAAGGUUAUAUUAUUAUUUAUUUCCUCUGUAGUUUCGUCCAAAAUAUUAAAAUAAAGUGAUGGCUUUGUGUGAAGCUGAGAAAACGUUUGUUCUUCAUGGCGUGGAGGAAAACUUUCGUAUUGACGGCCGUGAAAGGGAAGAUUACCGGCCUAUGGAACUUGAAACUAGUAUUGUUUCACAUGCUUUUGGUUCUGCCAGGUUAAGGCUUGCCAAUACAGAUGUUUUAGUUGCUGUAAAAAUUGAAGUCGACAUACCAUUUCCAGAGAAGCCCAAUGAGGGAAAGAUUGAGUUUUUUGUUGAUUGUUCUGCAAAUGCUACUCCAGAUUUUGAAGGCAGGGGAGGUGAAGAUUUGGCUAUUGAACUUUCAAAUAGUUUGAGUACAGCCUAUCAGUCAUCGAGAGCUUUUGAUCUUAGUAAAUUAUGCAUUUUGAAGGGGAGAAAAUGUUGGAAAAUAUAUGUUGAUAUUUUGUUAUUGGAAUGUGGUGGUAAUUUAUUUGAUGCUGUAUCUUUGGCAGUUAAAGCAGCCUUAUGGAAUGCCCAACUUCCUCUAGUAAAAUCAGUUCAUGUUGACGGUAACAACAUUGAAAUGGAUGUGUCAGAGGAAUUAUAUGAUUGCCAGAAAUUAGACAUAAAAAAUGCACCAGUUAUGGUUACAGUUUGUAAAAUUGGAGAUUACUGUAUAGUGGAUCCAAAUCAAGCUGAGGAAAAAUGUUCUGUUGGGUCUAUUGUUGUGGCUGUUUCAGGGGAUAGAUUAAGCACAGUCUUGCAAACUGGGGCAGGGUCUUUACACCCCACAACAUUAGUGGAAUCAAUGAAACUGGGACACACUGUGGGACAAAGAUUGAAUCAGGCUUUAUGGGAGGCCCUGCAGCAAAUACCAGAAGAUCAAGAUGUGGGUUUUUUGAAAUAAAAUAAACUAUUUUUUAUAUCAACACAUUAAAAGUUAUAAUUAGUAAAAUUGAAGUUAUUGAAA